AUGAGGGAGAUUGAAAGGGAAAAGGCUAGGCAAGCUGUGGAAAGGGCAACAAGGGAAGCCCGUGAAAGAGCAGCAUAUGAAGCACGUGACAGAGAAGCUGCUGAAGCUCGUUUGAAGUCUGAAAGGGCUGUUGUUCAAAGAGCACAAGUUGAGGCACGUGAGCGGGCAGCUGUUGAUGUAAAUGGAAGGGCAGAACGGGCAGCGGGGACACGUCAACGAUAUGAGAAAUUAAAACGUGUAUUGUCUCUGCCUCCAAUAAUCAAUGGAGCCCACUCAGCUAUUUCUACAAAUACCAAGAACGUGUUCAUUGAAUGCACAACCACUGAUUUGACAAAGGUCAAGAUUGUGUUGAACACAAUGGUGACAAUGUUUUCUUUAUACUAUGAAUGA